AUGUCGAAGGAAGAACACUCGCGGCACGAGAUUGUCAGCGUGGAUGCCACGCAUCACCAGGCCAUCGUCGCCGAAGGAACGGGCAAAACGGCCGCCAAUGAAGGGGCCAAACAGAAGGAGGUGUACAACGUGAGUCGAGAAGGAUGGAUCGACAGCCCAGACAUCGGACCUCCACUGAUCGCCUAA